AGAACCAGGAGGAGGAGGAGGAAGAUCCAGCCGUCGGUGGUCAGAGGAAGAGGCCAGCUGCGGCUGUCAAUCAGUCCGGAGGCGGGACGACUCGUCAUUCACGUCCACGAGGCCCGAAGUCUGAUGAGACACUGCGACAGGUCAUGUGACUCCUACGUGAAGUUGGUGGUGACCUCUGACCUUCAGAAGAAAGCCAUGAGAACACAGACGAUCCGGAACAACAGGCGCCCGAAGUACCAGGAGACAUUCACCCUGUGUGUCAGUGACGAGUUGCUCCGCAGCAGGUUGCAGGUUUCUGUCUUCAGCAGGUCAUGUGACAGCAGGUGCCGACAGCUGAUUGGCUGCAUGAGCUUCGGGGUCGGCUCCCUGGUCUCCUGUGCGCAGAACGCAGGAAAACCCCGGACUCUGUUACUGAGCCAGACCUGAACCAGGUCUCCACCUCCUCCUCCUCCAUCACCUCCUCCUCCAUCACCUCCUCCAUCACCUCCUCCAUCACCUCCUCC